UGGUCACCGUCUACUACUCUGAGAGUCUCAAGGGCAAGAAUUGCAUCUGACUGUACCCUGCGUGACUCCGUCGUGAUCAACGGGACCUCUCCUGGGCCCGAACUUCGUUUCCAAGCGGGACAAAAGCUCUGGAUUAGAGUAUACAAUGAUCUCGAAAAGGAAAACACUACGAUACACUGGCACGGAAUCUCACAGUUUGGUUCACCCUUUGCAGAUGGAACGGAAGUAUCACAGUACCCAAUCCCACCUGGUAGUUUCUUUGAUUAUGAGUUCGACCUUCCCGACGAUACCGCUGGAACUUAUAUGUAUCAUGGUCAUGUCGAUCUUGACAUCAUCACAGCCUACGGCGCGCUGAUCAUCGAAGACAAAAAACCGCCGCCUUACCAGUAUGAUGCCGAAAUCACAUUACUUUUCGCCGACUAUUUUCAUGUCGGCGACCUUGACAUCAGCUCCAAGUUAAUUAGCAGACCCUUCAAAGCAUUAACUAAACCCAAUAGUCUUCUACUCAAUGGAAAUGCGCUUGGUGAAUGCACUCCCAACGGUACUGUCACCCAAUGUGAAACUGGCUGCCACCAUCAUGUGAUUGACGUCGAGCCUUCCAAGACAUACCGUAUUCGUGCGAUCGGCAUCACUACCCUAUCAUUUCUCUCUAUCGCCAUCCAAGGUCACAGUAACCUGUCAUUUAUUGAGGUGGAUGGAUACUAUGUUCAGAAGUUAGAUUCAGAUCACCUUGAGAUCCAUUCUGGGCAACGCUACUCAUUUCUCUUGAAGACCAAGUCACUCUCCGAAUUACAGGCAGCUCCAAAUCAGGGAAACGAGUUUUGGGGAAGAAUGGAAACUAGAUGGCGCCCGGAGCGAGAUCGAGGAGCGUUUCUCUUGAGAUACCAGACUGAUCCAUCUCGCACAACCGCAUCACCGUCUGAUUCCACUCCACUUCCAGACGAGAAGGUCGACUGGAUCCUCGAUGAUUUUUCGCCGCUCUCCAAAGAUGAUGUCGCACCAUCUGCUUCCGAGGUCACCCGUCGAAUCGUUGUUGGUAGUCAGCAAAUGAAAACUUCGGAAGGUGGAAUUGAGUGGCUAGUCAAUGGAAUGGCCUAUUCGGGAUCUCAUCAGCUGAUUCCAUACUUGGUGGCUGCAUACUUGAAAGAAAGUCCACUUCAUCCGGAUUACGAAACUGCCAAACUUAAUCAUGGGUUUGAUUCAAAAUCCUCCACGUUCCCAGUCAAGCUCAAUGAGGUAAUCGAAUUGGUCAUCUUGAAUUCUGCUUCGUACGCAGGACAGACCGAGUCGCAUCCCUGGCAUUUCCAUGGUCAAAGCCCGUAUUAUAUCGCGAGCGGAACCGGUAAAUUUACUGAUUCAAGUCUGAAGCGCGCUAUCAACAAACGAAAAGGAAAGCCCUACCGGAGAGACACACAAGUGUUGUUUUCCGGUAAAGGUUCCACCUGGAUCAAGCCAGCCUCAUUUAUACCAGCAGGAACCGUCUCAGGAUGGUUUCUACUAAGAAUGAAAGCUGAAACAGUUGGAGCUUUCUUGAUGCAUUGUCAUAUUGCUUUACAUAUGACAAUGGGGAUGAUGGCAACACUCUUGAUAGGA